ACACAGACAGGAGAGCGCCUCCUGCAGCAGCGCACAAUGAUCCAACUCCUCCGCUCUCCACCCGGCUGCUGCUUUCGGAAAACUCCAGACUGUCAAGGAUUAAAUAAAGUCGUCAGUUCCUGAGGGAAGCGCCGAGAAGCCUCCUUUUUUUUGUUUUGCAACAGCAGCAGUGUUUACCAGUUAAACUCCCAUCGCGGGCUCCGCUUGCCUCCGUGUUCAACCACCGGCUCACCUGCAGAGGACAAACCAUGCGCUCCCGGGCUGCGCUCCCCCGGUUUACCUCCCUCCUAUUUCUCCUCUUCCUUUCCCCUGUUUUUUCCUCCUCCUCCUCCUCCUCCUCCUCCCGUCCCCAGUGGGUUGUGCAGCGUGUCCCUGUGGUCCUCCCACAGCAGACGGAGGCUCGAUCACCCCCUCACUUCCUUUCUCUGGCCCGCUUGGACGUCAGCUCCCCCUGUGACCCAGAAUGCCACAAGAGGGCCCCUCGCCCGAGCUACUGGGACCUGCGGCGUCUUCUUGCUUAUGAGACACUCCAUUCUGACGGUCAACUCACUGAGACCGCUGUUGGGAUCUAUGGCUAUGACCCCACCUCUAACACCAGUCCAGCCUAUUCCUCGGGGUCAUCUGGGAAGGCUGAGCGGUCACAUGUCAGGAGGAAGCGACAGAUCUUCGGCCACGAUGGGCGUUUUAGCAUCGCUGGGCAGAACUUUCUGCUUAAAUAUCCAUUCUCGGUGGCUGUCAAGCUGUCCACUGGGUGCUCUGGUACACUGGUGGGGGACCGUCAUGUUCUCACAGCUGCUCACUGCGUUCAUGAUGGUAAAAACUAUGUGAAAGGAGCCCAGAAGCUCCGGGUUGGGUUUCUAAAAACCAAGCAACGAGACGCACAGGCUGCUUCCUUUUACCCUCCUUCAAACUUCACCAACCAUGUUGAAGGUGGCUACGCUCCUUACGCCCCACCAACCAACGACAGAAUGAAGUUCCAGUGGAUCAGAGCCAAACGCACCCACGUGCCCAAAGGAUGGAUUAAAGGAAACGCCAAUGACAUCGGGAUGGACUACGACUACGCUUUGCUUGAACUCAAGAAACCCCACAAACGCCGCCACAUGAAGUUAGGAGUCAGCCCCCCGGCUCAGAGGCUGCCCGGUCGACGAGUUCACUUCUCGGGAUUUGAUAACGACCGUCCUGGCAAGCUAGUGUAUCGGUUCUGUCGGGCCGGUGAGGAGACGUCAGACCUGCUGUACCAGCACUGUGAUGCUCAGCCUGGUGCCAGCGGGUCAGGAGUCUACGCCCGGAUGUGGGAUGGGCGGCGCCGGCGCUGGGAGCGGAAGGUGAUAGGCGUGUUUUCUGGGCAUCAGUGGGUGGAGAAACAAGGGGCGUCUCAGGAAUUUAACGUAGCAGUGAGAAUCACGCCUCUCAAAUACGCUCAGAUCUGCUACUGGAUAAAAGGAAACUUUGUGGACUGCCGAGAGGGGUGAGCGGUGUAGCUACGAAACAACGGGCCUGCUACAUCCUCAUGCAUCAUACUGGAAUAUCUGGGGCCGCAAGAAUCCAUGCUUUCAACCCCACUAUUUGUAGCACUGAUUUAACAACAAUGUAAACAUUUUUAUAAACUUUUGUUUUUUUUUGUUGACCCUGCUUUAAUGCUGCGUUCAAAUGGAAUCAGGCAGAUGGUAGACAACACCUUCUGGACGGCACAGGAUAAACAAACAAACAGUCUGACAGACCAGCAGGACAGUAUGUUGCCAUAGUGAUGUCGUAGUGUAAUUUUUCUACCACUGUCCAGUAACUGUCCAGAUCAGCUGUGUUUUCGCCUUGUAUGAAGGAGCUUCGUAACAUCAGGUUGACAAGUCGGACAUGGAAGAUGGCAAUAAGUUAAAAUAUUUUAAUUUUGACAAGCAAUGCCAUCUACCAUUACUGUUUCCAUUAUUUUCCACUGGUGUUUAAUCAAAAUUUUUUCCUCCAUCAAUAUGUGCUUCACCCCUGUUAAUGCGUAGCGCCCCCCUCAGUGGUUAGUGGUUAGUGGUCAGGGCAAACAUCCACUUUGCCAUUUACCAUCUCCCUGAUUCCAUGUGAACGCAGCAUAAGCAGCAAAUGUCAAUGAUGUAAAUACAGACCUGAUCCAGUAAUGACACUAAAUUAUGUAAACAGGGCGUGUUCUGUACUUAGUUUUGCAUCUUUACUCACAUCUCUAAAAACAUGAAAAAGUUAGCUACAUUCAUGCUAAACAUCUACGUCAUGUGGUUUUGCAAAACAGAAGCAGGAACACGAACUGAUGUAUGACAACAACGGGCCCUCAGAUGACAAGGAGCAGGACUGGGAAAAACCAUUUCCGUUUAUGUAUUGUAGCCUUUUUAUUGUGCUAAUACUAAAGAUUGCACUGUUGAAACUCUUGAAGAAGUUUUUCUACUGAAAAUGAUUAUUUUUGUGGAUGAAUGUACAAGUCAGCAACCAAAGGUGCCAACAGUUUGUGUCCAGACUAUCAUGUAUCUCCUCUCAGUGGACACAGCAGUUAUCUACAAGCAACUGUACUCUGUCAGCUGAAAUAACUGUUCAACAUGUUCUUCUGAUGACUCUUCCCAAGGCUGCAGAUGAUGUUAUAUGAAGCACAUUUUGUUGAGUGUUGUACUUUAAUGCUUAGCUCCCUCUUGUGGCAAAGAUAAAACAUUGCAGGUGUCCAACAUUGUGCAGACUUGGCAAAUUUAAUGAAAUAUAUGCUUUGAAAUAAGCAACUGUGUCACAUAUUUCUUCAUGCAACACAUCCUUCACAAGACACAAUCUUUGUUUAAACACCAUUUGUUUUAUUUUGGAUGUCAAAAGGCAUUUUCAGAAAUGCUGUGGGGAAACUGAACAGUGUAAAAAGCCGAAAUGUGAGGACCAGCUCCAAUGACUUCUCCAGCAGCGACACAUUCAACAACAGGUUCAACCAGGACUCUGAAACUGCAUCCUGGGAUAUGUAUGGCACGUAGAAAACAAAUUCUGCGACUCAAUUUGACAACUUUUAUGAAGACUUAGAUGGACAUCAAGAGAAUAAGUUUUACUUAAAACCUGUCUCCAAAUUUCAUGUAGGCUAGAGAGGGAUCAAGUACACUUCAGGGCAAUGUGGUUGAGAGGAUAUAGAACAUAAAAUCUUUCCGAAUCUCAUUCCUCUCCUUCAACUUAAAUCUUACAGGUUUCACCAAAACAAAGGCAGCAUUCAGAACGUGUCACUUGAGCAAGGGCUUAACAUUCAAGUAAGAACUGACAGAAGCAGGAUUUAAAGCAAACUUAAACAUGUCUUCUUUCUGUUACUGAGAAACGUUGGAGGUGACAUUAAAGUAUACCCAUUAAACAAAUACAAAUAUCAGCUAUGGUGCUACCAACUUAAAAAAAAUCAUGCCAAUUCAAGUCAACAGCAACAUUCAGUUGAAAAAUUAGCUACAUUCAAGUGGAAAACAACCACAAACAAAGCAGAAGCACCAUGGGGAGCUGAGUUAAGGGUCAAGUUUGCAGACAAAGCAGAACAAUGGCCUUUGUGUGAAACCAAAACUACUUUUUCUGAGGCACAAAGCAGCACCAGCGAUCCACAUGUGAGCACACUGGCUCGUCUCGAAAGUAGUUUCCUCCGCCUCAUUGACAGUCAACCUGAAACUGAGGCGGGUAAUGUGAAAUUCACAACCGCACAGGAAAAACGGAUCCUUAGAUUUUGAACCUCUUGAUAAAAAGGCUUUUUCUAUUGAUGUUUAUCAGGGCUGGGUAUCUGUGCUCGAUACCUUUAGGGCGUUGACCAAAAAAACCCAGUACCAAGUAGUCAAACGAAAGCUGCGUUCAAAGCUUUUAGUACCCAGAUAUAGAAGAAAAAAGACUGUUUGUAUGGUUGUGCUUGCAGCCAAUUACCUCAAGCAUUCUUGGCCCACCACAGCAGCUACAACCCAUACAGUCUGCGCAGGGGUGAAGUCAAGCACCUUGUAUUUGACGGAGUUUGCAGGUCAACCUACCGAGAUGCCACCUAAACAUUUAAAGUAUGGCUUUACUAUAUAUCUGUGGCAUCUGGUGGCUUUUUACUCAACUGAAAGCUUCCAUUCACAUGAUGACGAACUAUUGGUAUCAGUAUCACUUGUAGGGUACUGGCAUUGUAGUAUUUAUGGGAUACCCAGCCCUACAGUCUAUUGGAAUCAUGAACAGUCAAUCCAACCUUGAUGCUCAUCUUUAAUACUGCCCGAAGUUAAGCACCAACUACAGGCUGGUGCCGGUGAAGGAGAGGCGGCUACUAAUGAGGAACCCACUUCAGAGUAAGAAGAUGUUUAGCAGGCGUGUAUUAACAGAAAGGCAACGACAUGCAAGGCAACCUGUUUGUAACACCAUUCUGGUAACUGAAAAUACAUGAACUGGUAAUGAGGUGAUGCAUUCAGUCCUCCAGCCUUUUGAGUUUGCAUUCAUCACCAAUCAAAACAUCCCCUGCUGUCAAAUCCACAUGAGUGUCAUGACAAUGACCUACGUGCAGUGGGAGAUGCGUCAGCUCCUGGGCCAUACCGACAGAUAUCUUUUUUUAUUAGCCACAUUCGUUCUGUUAUCUACAUCCAAUCCGCAAAGAGAUGGACCUGAUAUGGUGUGGUCCUCAAUACCGUUAUGGUUUAAGCUCUCAGGCACCAAAGUUGAAUAAAAUAAACAUUGACUGGAUCACCUUUAGGAAUACAAAUGGGUCAUAUGCUAUAUCAUAGCAAGAAGUAUUUCAGCAUGUCAGAGUGUGGUCAGACAUCAGUAAGUUGACUUUAAUCAUCACCUGGUUACAGCAGCAGCCCUUCAAACUCUACAUGUUUAAAGUAACAACAGCCAGGGCAGGCAGGGCUGUAUGACGAGAUAAUAUGAGCCUGGGGCAGGCUGUUUCUUUUAUAAACAUUUCGUGGUGUGCUUUGAGUUUAAAGAUCCCAAUAGUAUCUCAGUGCCCUCUCAUUUGC